AUGGACUCCUUGACUGAUGAACAACGGGAGUACCUUGCCACACUGAAUCGUCGUGGCCCGGCUAGGCUGCGUGGCGCCAGUCGCUCUCGCAGCCGCGACCGCCGUGCCAUUGCUUCUUCGGCCGAUGAGCGCUCUCGCCCUUGGCGUGCACCGAGUCCAAUGCUGGUUCAAGGACCACCUCCUCUUGCGGAACAGGUGCGGCUCAUACAGAGCAGUAUUGAGAUGAUUGAGCGCCGCCUGACCAACCUUAACAUUGGUCAAACGCAGCUGCUCCUGGUGCUUGGACACCACCCAGACUUUGGGGUUCCGUUCGGGGCCAUCGCUGAGUUUGUUGACACCAUGAAGGCCACCGUUCAGGACAUCAAGGCGUCGAUUGAGGAUCUUCGCGCUAAUUCUGCAGAGCAGUGCAUGCUUCUUAGCAGCCACCUUGACCGCCUCGAGGAACUGGUUCAGGCUCGCACAUCGGGACCCAUGGUGAACUUCCGCCGCCGAUGGAGUUUGCAGGCAUCUCAAGCCUCUGAAGAUGCUCGAUCCCGGAGUCCUUCCGUUCGCAUUGUUGAAGCAGCAGAGCGUGCUGAUUCUCUCUUUGAGGAGCAUUCACCUCUGCUUUCGGAAGAUGCCAGAUCCUGGAGUCCUUCCUUUUUCAAUGCUGCAUCGCGCGCCGGUUCUCCCCUUAGAGAUCUGGCUGACAGCGACCACGGCCUAGAUCCGGCCCCCGAACGCAGCUCGGGCUCCGAUGGAUGGGAACGUGUGGGAUCUGCACUGCCUCAGGACCCUGGUCCGGUCCUGAGUUCCGAAGUUCAGCGAGCCGUGGUGUAUCAACGUGAUGUGUCCCUGCCGAAGCUUCCCUACGAACAUGGCAUUUGGGGCCUCGUCUUUGGGUCUCCUGCAUCCCUGCCCACCACCCGUUUGCCUGCACCAGUUGGUCCACGGCCUCAACCGAUCCCCACCCCUCCCGACCCGUCCACGAAUUCCCUAGAGCUCUCUUCUGCCGCAGCUCGCCCAGACAUCAGCCUGGCCCGGAUCAAAGCUGCCACUUUUCGUGUCACUGAUGCGGCCCUUCGUGACCGUUGCUUGGUGCAGCUCAAGACUCUUUUGCUUCUUGACCCGUCGGCCACCAAGACCGGUAUUCAGAUGACUACGUGCUUCGGCAAAAUUUUGGAACCUGACCGAGCCCUCUUGGUUCUUCAGGACACGUUGCGGCCCAAGGCCACCGGCACCAUCAGCAAACGCACAGGCUCUCUCUGGCGCUUGGCUCACUACCUGGCCUCCGUGGACGGCCGCAGCCCCUUCAUGGUUUCGGAGCCCCUUCUCUAUGAGUAUCUCUGCUCACUUCGUGAAGCUGACAGUGGUGCUACUUCCGGCGCCUCCGCUUUGGAGGCCUUGCGCUUCGCUGACGGUUUGUUUCGCUUCCAGCGGAUCUCUCUGCGUGAGGUGGACAGCGCCCGCAUUCGUGGUGUGGCGCAUGCCAUGUAUGUUCGCAAACAAAAGCGCAAGCAAGCCCCUGCCUUGACUGUUCGUGCCAUCCGCUUCCUCAUGGCAUGGUGCUGCGACCCGUCCCGGCCUCUGCAUACGCGCAUUAUCUCUGGCCACCUUCUUGCGUGCAUCUUUGCAGUCGCACGUUGGUCUGACUUGCGCUUCCUUGCCUUCUUCCGGGUGCUCUCUGACGACGAGUUCAGCAUCUUCGAGUCCGCGACUUCCCAGCACAAGACCGCACACUCCAAGGAGGCCCAGGUCGAGCUCCUUCCAUUCAUUGGCUUAGGUCAGUGGCCGGGCUGUGAGUCAUGGGCUGCGUGUCUUGCGACUCUUCGAGCCGAGUCCGACCUCUCGCAGGGCCUGCCAUCCUGGAACGAACGCGAGCAGAAGUGGGCUCUCGGUGAUCCCAUGACUACUUCCGAGGCCACUGGAUGGUUGCGGGAGAUCCUCUCUCAUGAGCUUGACCCCACCGAUGUGCGGGCACUUCGUGCCCACUCCUGCAAAACCACCUUGUUGGCCUGGGCUGGCAUGAGCCCUCUCUUCACUCGCUUCAUUCGUCUUCAGGCCAAGGUCUGGCACUUGCUGAUUUCCAUCGACUCCGGCGAGUUGAGUCCUGAUGCUGACGCUCUUGGCCGACUGCGUUCCAUGGUGCAGGUGCAUGCGCCCCGUCCAGCUUCUGCUCAGACCUCCGCGGAGCCUGCAUCUAGCUCUUCUUCCGAUGAUGAACCCGCCGGUCUUCCUGCACCGCUACAUCGAGAUCGAGUUCCCCUGCCGGCCGCCGCCUACGAGUACGCCUGGCUUGUGCACUCUGUGAGCGGUAUUGUCCAUGUGCAGUCUCCCCACUCACCUGAGCGUCUGAUGUGCGGCCGCUCCAUUUCUUGCAAUUUUGAGUGUGUUUCGCCAGCUGACCUUGAUGUUGAGCAGACUGCAUUUUGUGGCCAGUGCAGCGCCUCACGUGUGCUGUCCGCCGCUGCAUGA